CUAUUUUGAGACGCGUUAUAUUUCCAGUCACUCUGCAGCGUUGACAGCGUUAAGAAAUGAGCCUUUGUGUGCGUCCGUUUUGAAUAUUCAAUACAGAUAUGCAAAAAAAUCGUGACUGUCUAAUACACGCAUUUCCUUAUUCUGUUUGUAGAAACUCCCAAACUUGGAAUUCUCCUGGAAACACGCCUGGACUCCCCAUACAGAUCCGCUAUAUUAAGUCACGGUGUUUUCCACAAGUUGAAUUGUGUGCAACUAGACAAUUUAAAAACGAAUGCUUUUCUAACUUUGCCCCGAAAAAUUCAACAAAAUUGAUAGCACCGUUAGUGAAAUCCACUCUCAGUUAAUCCCUACACAUCGAUGCUUUCCGCAAUCUCCCGACUCGACGCGCUCGGAGCUCCCAACCCAGCCUGUAUCCCGGUGUCGGGCCGGAAGUUGUUCGGAUUCCAGCAAAGCUCUGUGAAGAUGGAUGUUGAAGAAUGCAAUGGCCGCUCCUAUGUCUCAGGUAGACUGGGGAUGGGGGGUGGCAGUGGGGAUUCAUCGAUGGAGAAGGAGUUUUCAGGGGUGAUGGUGGGACCCAUUGUGAGCACUCCCAACAGCCAGCAUUCCUCCCCUAGUCGAUCGCUGAGCGCCAACUCCAUCAAGGUGGAGAUGUACAGCGAUGAAGAGGCUGUCCGAAUGCUGCCCCUGGACGAGGGCAGCCGGGAGAAAGAGGAGGGUGGAGGUCCGGAGGAGGGCAUGGGCGAGCAGGGCGGAUACUGCGACCAGUCGAACCUGGAGCCCAGCUCACCCGGGGGCAUCCGCCUGCCCAACGGCAAGCUCAAGUGCGACAUCUGUGGCAUGGUCUGCAUCGGACCCAACGUACUGAUGGUGCACAAACGCAGCCACACAGGCGAGCGCCCGUUCCAGUGUAACCAGUGCGGAGCUUCGUUCACUCAGAAGGGGAACCUGCUCCGUCACAUCAAGCUGCACUCCGGAGAGAAGCCCUUCAAGUGUCCCUUCUGCAACUACGCCUGCCGUCGCCGCGAUGCGCUCAGCGGACACCUGAGAACUCACUCCGUGUCAUCCCCGACAGUCGGGAAGCCCCACAAGUGCAGUUACUGCGGCCGCAGCUACAAGCAGCAGAGCACCCUAGAGGAGCACCGGGAGCGCUGUCACAGCUACCUGCAGAGCCUGGACACCCAGCAACCUGCCAACACAGGGCAGCAGCAGCAGCAGCAGGGAGACGAGAUGAGAGACCUGGAGUUGAUGCCGGACGCUUUGAUGCACCCUUCCACUGAACGGAUGUCCUUCGUUGACCGCCUGACAAACAGCAUCACCAAACGAAAGAGGUCCACGCCGCAGAAAUUCGUGGGAGAGAAGCACAUGCGUCUGAACCUCUCGGAAGUCCCUUUUGAAUUUAACUCCAGUUUCGAGAAGGAGGUGGAUCUGGUUGGGUCUCAGCAGGGCGGGGGAGUGGGGGGAGGGGAUUCUGGGGGUUUUGGGGGAGGAGGGGGGUAUCUGACUGGCAGAGGGGGCCUGGAAGCCCUGAGACCCCUUCGCCUUCCUCCACCCCACUCCACCUGUUUCUCAGACCUCACCCCAGUCAUGAGCUCUGUCUACACCCAGCUGGCUCCCCUGGGGGUGCGGCUGGAUUGCACAGGGGCAGGGGGUCCCGGGGGGAGGGAGGCCUGCGAGGGACACGAAGACCACCACGGGGUGUCGCCUAGCAACGGCUACCACGAUUCCACAGACACUGAGAGCGUCACAGAGGACCACCAGCAACCACAGAGAGGCUCAGCCAGACACAGCCCGGGCCAGGCCAAAGAGGACAGCUACCCCCACCCCAACCCCAACCCCCAGCACACGGCCCCCCUACCCCCUCCACCCCUCACCCCCACCCAGCACCGCCCCACCAAAGCCAGCAGCCCAGCCAAAGAGACGGUGAGGGUGGUGGACGGGGAAGGGCAGUCUGUGCGAGCCUUUACGUGUGAGCACUGCCGCAUCCUGUUUCUGGACCACGUCAUGUUUACCAUCCACAUGGGCUGCCACGGCUUCAGAGACCCCUUCGAGUGCAACAUCUGUGGCUGUCACAGCCAGGACCGCUACGAGUUCUCCUCGCACAUAGCCCGGGGCGAGCACAAGGUGGGCUGAGGGAGAAGUGGGGGAGUUUGCUUCUAACCUAGGACUGCACUUACCUGUUUCUUUGUUUGCUUCUUGGAUUCCUGUUGCACUGAUUUAUGACGUUGGGGUGUGCAAAAAAGCCUGUGUUUAGCUGGCCAGGGCAUGACUGCAUUCUUAGGAUUGAAUUGGCUUCGGGGGGGAUGAAAAAUGGUUUGUUACGCUGAUCAAAGAUAUCUGACUUCAUGCCAAGCCCGCAGAUUUGUGUUCCUAAUACACAGGAGUUUGAUCGUCCAGGUUUUGUGGUCUGAUAAUCCGAAUUUUCCAGUGUAAAACUACAGGUAGACAUGUAUUGUACACUGAAGGCACUUGCCGAUCCGUUUCUGAUAGUUCUGUCCUCUACUUCAGGGGUGUCAAACUCCAGUCCUCGAGGGCCGCAGGGUCUUCUGGUUUUCAUUCCAACUUAAGCUCUUAAUUAACAUAAUUGAUCUAAUCAUUUGUUGAAUUUGACAUAUUUCAUAUUUUUCAAGGUCUUUUACAGUUGAUGGUUUUAAAAAUGCACUUGAUUCAAGGUACACGACCUGUGAAACAUUGAGGCCUGAAGAGAAGUGUUAAAUGUGUCCAGUUAAUCAAAUAUAAUUAGACCAAUUAAGUAAUUGAGAGCUCAGGUGGAACGAAAGCCAGAAGACACUGUGGCCCUCCAGGAGCUGAGUUUGACACCCCUGCUCUACUUGAUCUAACAGUCUUUUAAAGAGACAGACGUUUCCAGUAGUGUCGUCUUCAUUGUGAGGAAGGCACUGGCCGAAACGUUUGUCUGCUUCACGGAGUCUCUUAUCGUUUUACCUCGGAAUUGGAAUUGAGAAGUUGGCUGGCUCUUCCAAUCUCAGUAAGUAGGCUCUUUACAGGUGGCCACAAGCCACAAACAAUGGUUUAUUUGGCAGGGGGUGCUGGGAUAUGUACCAAAGACAGACAUGCUGUACAGGUAUAAAAUAGCUCAAGAUGCUAGAAUUACUGCAACCGAGAGCUGUAGAGCUUAACUAACCCUUUGUUUGUGUAAUGUAAAAGACCACAGAUUUCUCACGCUAGUAUCCUAGCAACUCCACCACACCCAGUCUAGCACACUUCCAAUUGAAAACCACAGUGGUCAUUUCAACCGGGAAUGUUGUCUUAUCACAGAUAGAACUGGCAUUCCUACUGAAGAGCUCAGUUAAAACAUUACUGGCAGUCUUGGAAGGGGGAUUUUAGCUACAGUGUAUAUAUUGUUUGCACAUCCCUAUUUGUGAAAGUUCUCUAUGUAGGACGUGGCAGAAGUUAAUUAUUGUUGUCUUUUUUGAUUGUUUGUUUUUUACACUGCAGUGACGCUUCGACCUUUCGUAGGUGGUUCUGCUUGUCUUUUUAUAUGUAUUUUUAUAUAUAUUUAGGUCAUACUUUGUGUCGGAGCGCCACCUGCCGGCCAGGAUGUGAAGCAGCACUGCAGCAAACUAAACAAAAAGCAGAAAUUCCCCAAAGUAUCGACAAGCCAAACAGAAUUUAACAACGAUCACGCUUGUUUUCUCCUAAAUUGCCUUUUUUUUUUUUUUUUUACAAAUAAGUUUGUCGCAUGACACUGUAAUUUUGGAAGCUGUUUGUUUUGAUCGGGACAUAUUCACUUGUUUAACAAACACAGGUUUGGGUGUGCGUGUUUUUUUUUUUUUUUUUUUUUUUUUUUUUUUAUUUGUGUCUAUCCUGGGAAAAUAGUUGGAAUUUAAAUUCAGUUUAACACUCUCCAGUACUAGGAAUGGCCCGCCCCCAGUAACUACUCCAUUCCCAGUACAGGGAAUAACUGGUCACACUGGGAUGUACUUACUCAGCAGUUCACCCCCUCCCCCCCUUAUUCAGCACAACCAAAACGAGGAAGUUAUCAUACCAAAAAAAAGAGUAAACUGAAAAACUAUUCCUUUUUAAUGACAUAGCUGAGUUAACUAGCGCUGUAUACUGUACUGUAUACUUCACAACACAACAGUUUGACCCCCAGUGCUAAAGCUGAUAGGAUAUAAUUUUCUCUAAACACAGAGGAGACGAAUAGAAGGGGUUUAACAGUAAGAAACAAAGCAUAAUGUCUUUUUAGUGUCGUUUUACACUGGUAGCUGUGUGGGAUACAGGGAUGAGGGAAGCCGUGCAGUCUGCUGAGCUCUGUGGGGAUACAGGGAUGAGGGAAGCCGUGCAGUGUGCUGAGCUGUGUGGAGAUACAGGGAUGAGGGAAGCCGUGCAGUCUGCUGAGCUGUGUGGGGAUACAGGGAUGAGGGAAGCCGUGCAGUGUGCUGAGCUCUGUGGGGAUACAGGGAUGAGGGAAGCCAUGCAGUGUGCUGAGCUGUGUGGGGAUACAGGGAUGAGGGAAGCCGUGCAGUCUGCUGAGCUGUGUGGGGAUACAGGGAUGAGGGAAGCCGUGCAGUGUGCUGAGCUGUGUGGGGAUACAGGGAUGAGGGAAGCCGUGCAGUCUGCUGAGCUGUGUGGGGAUACAGGGAUGAGGGAAGCCGUGCAGUGUGCUGAGCUGUGUGGGGAUACAGGGAUGAGGGAAGCCGUGCAGUGUGCUGAGCUCUGUGGGGAUACAGGGAUGAGGUUUCAUAUUAACUGUGAAAGGUGGGCAGUCCUAAAAGAAAACUAGAGUAGUUUUAAAGUCUUAAAAGAAGCAGUUGAAAAUUUGCUUGUAAUCUAUAUUUUUAUACAGUACAGUCCGACUGUCCUCCCAUUAAAUAAGGGCUAUCGCAUUACUAUUUAUCAAAUCAAUGACACCUUUUAAUAUUUGCACAAAGUUUAAGUACGUAUAUUUGUCGGCGUAUUAAACGUUCCCUGGAGCUGUGAAAUAACUACUAAGCAUAUAAAUAUUCUUAUAAAAGGUUUGCAGCAGUCGAGAUAAUGACCACUGUGAAAUUUCUCAUUUGCUUCCUUUUAGAGACCUAGAUUUUUAUUCUCCACAAAGUGGUGUUUAAUAGCAAUGGAACUGGCUUAUUUCAUGCAGGUUUUAAACAUUAAACACACUGAAAGAGCCACAAGUCUGUGGACCUAGUAGCUGUAUAGCUUGGCAUGCUGUCCCGAAUAUCCUGCGUCUGUGUUGAUCCCAUUGAGGAGGGGAGAAGUGAACUGGCUGCAGGCCUGGGCUGUUUGAGUUCAGGCUACAUCCCAGUUUAAGCCGGGAUGGGAGGGGGAGGUUGUGAGUUUUUGUAUAUUUAUUUUAAAAAAAUAAUGAAAGCAAGAAAGUUAAAGCUUUUCUAAAGUACUAAAGAAAUAACGAAGCACUUUUUCAAUGUCCUUUUAAAAGUUGUGUGUCUGUGUGUGCGUAAGUGUAAAAUCCUGCUUGAUAAAUUAAUAAAGAUUGAGCUUACUGCUGGUGUGUGAUGUGAGUGAGAUAAUAAUGGCAUGCCUAAAUUGGGAAUGCAGAUCAGAAAACACCCCUAGAAAAAGUGGUGCCGUCUACUCAGCUACCUGUUGCACAGGGCUGGUACAGCUCUGUUUACCUAACCUGCUCUGUUGAUAUGGGAAAAGUGUGUUUGAAUGGGUGUUUGGAUAGAGGAGAAAGUCUAUUAAUGUAGGAGUUUCAGUUUUUGUGGUUUAAUUGGGUUUAUUUAUGUGCAUUAUGCACAGAACUGGCUGAAACACUAGGGGGCACAGUACAGAUGAAGAGUUCUUCUGUUGCUACAGGUUGGUUGUAGAGGGCACCAUCUUUUUUUUUUUUUUUAAGAGGAUUUUACAGGACCACAGAACUACCCCUGGAUUGCAUCAACCGUUUGUAAGGGUGAUCCUGGGUUGAUGCAAUCCAGCUGUUCACCCCGGUGCUGUAAAAUGAAAUCCAGCUGUGGCUCAUCAGGGUACAGGCUGAUCAGAUCGACCCCCUUUUGACUCCAACCAGGACGGCGAUGGGCUCUAACAGAACCAGGUUGGAGAAAUGUGCUGACAGACCAAUGAAGCAAACCUGAAGGUUUAUAAAAACAACAGUGUAUUGUACGGUACAUGUUUUCCAAAGCCAGCAUUUAACUGUGAAAUUGUCAUUGCCGCUGACUGGCAGGAUGUGAUGUACUUCAGCAAUUGCCCAUGGCUAAUACCCAUUUUAUACAAAUGCUACUGGUUUAAAAAAAAAAAAAAAUGAUGAUCUGUUUUGUAAUGUUUUGUAAAUUCACUGGUGAUUGGCAAGAGGUGUUGGGGGUGAAAGAUAAGGGAUGCAUUUACUCAAGUGGAAUGUUUAUCAAAGGAAAACCAAAUUGGGAACGUUUGCAAGAAAAAUACAUGGCUCUGAAAAUGACCACACUGAGUUUUUCACUGACCAAUGUUCCAUUUUUUUUUUUUUUGGUUGCCCAUUUUCUAAACUUUUCCCCAAACCAUUGAUACCCGAAUGUAGGAGAAAGGAUUAGAUAAAAUGUGAAAACCUGAUCCUUAUAGAAAGAAAAGUAAAUGCUGUGCAGUAAACUGGUUACUGUUCAAGAAUUCUCUGUAUUGAUGGCAUGUAGGCAGAGCAGUAGAACGUAGAAAGUGAGCACCUGUACCACAGAGGGAAUGAGAUUUGAAGCUACAGUACUCUUUUAAACUGCUUCAAGCUUUGUGUGGGAGUAACACGUGUAAGGGAAUCUGACCUGUAGAGUGAGAGGCAGUGUGGAGCCCUGAGAGGUAAAAAAAAAAAGAUUGUUGUACAUGGAGGGGGGUGUGUGUGAUACACAAGGGGGCUCCCUCCAGGUACACACCUUCUCAAAUAGAGGACUUGGGUAAAGACAGGCGCCCUCUUGUUCAAAUUAACUGGAGACCGUUUUCAAUGCUGCUUCUGUGCAAAAUUGUCAUUAAAAUUAAAUAAUAAUCUGAUGUCUUUCACAAGCUUCUCCAGUAACUUUACCAAAUGUGAUCAUUUGAAAACAAGUCGAUAUUCAUUCCAGAGCCCCUAAUUUGGACCCUAAAAGACACAGCAGUUAAAUUAAAAUAAGCCAUUUGUUGUUUUUUUUGUUUGGUACACUUUUCUUUGACAAAAAGAGUGACAAAAGAGAAACAAAAGCAUUGCAAAUCAGUCCCAAUAAAAGUAAUUCCAUUUAGGAAAAGAAAAAGCACUUUGAUCUGAAAAAAGCAUAUCUUUAAUUGUUAUUUAUUAUUAUUAUUAUUAUUCAGAGUGUCAGGCUGAGUCUUGGCGUGGUUCUAUGUUUGUUCUGUGGUGAUAGCCUUGCAUAAAUUGUCUUACGUGAGAAACGUUUGCAUUUUUAGCCCCAAGCUUCUGAAUUUAUUUGUAUAAAAUUCAAAUUUUAAAUUAUUCAGCUGAAGACGGGAGCAAGGCAUCUUGGUGGUUUUGGACACCUUUUCUGACCUGUUUACCUCAUUAAAUUCUCUGCUGUCGUAGCCUGAAAACUUAAGGAUGAUGUCUUUAUUUCAAGGGGUUUUAUUUUUUUUCCCCACAGCAGAGGAAUUUACCUAAAAGCACGGUCUGAGUUCCUGCUCCCUCUCGCCCCCACACCUCCAUUCCUCUUCCCAUUGGCUCAUGCUCCGAGUUGUUUGAUUGGUGGAGAGUUUCUGGGUGCAGUAUCCUUGCUGUGCACGUGUGCAUCGGUUUAUCUGGAAGAAGUAGACCUGUCGAGAAUUAAAGCACAAGCUGGAGGAACUUUUUAUAUACACUUGCAUGCUCCUGUUUUUGAUCUUCGCAGUCGUCCUCCGUUCUGUUGCUCCAAUAUUGAGCCUUAAUCGCGUUCCCAACAACUAACAGAGCUAAUUGUACUACUGGUUGCAGACUGCUAAGUGACUGCCCAAUUUUUCUUUUUUGUGUUUUCCCAAAAUGUGAUACAACAAAUGUGAGUGGAGGGUUUAGCAUACGAGUGAGAGAAACUCUUAAGCGUGCUUGGUGCAUCCUGUAGCUCUAGUUAUUACUUGACAAUUGCUUUGCACUUUCCUUUAAGGUUUCUUAAGUGUGUUCUGCUUCAGCUUUGAGUCUACAGCAGAAUCGGUCAUUCAGUGGCAGGUUGUGCUGUGAAAGAGAGACUUUGUGACGUUUGUCCAUCCCAUACUGUGUCCUGUUAGCACAGGAUUUGAAAUACCAAUGAAAGCAAAUACCAUUUCCACUUGUCAUAUAAUGUACAAUAUCAGGAGUUAACCAAAAGUAGUCAGAAUAUGGAACCAAAAUACUAAGUUACUUUUCCAGCAGCGAUGCUCGUUGGAAACGGCUAUAGGAAAAAAUGAUUAAAGUGAAUUUCAGUUUUGCAGAAACAGAACUAAGAGCCACACAGAUCCACUGCAAACAUGACCUGCUUAAGGAUUUUUUAAAAAAAUUUUCCAGGAUCCUUGCAAACUAGACUUACAAAAGCCAACAGGCUUUGAACUGAAACCAGAACUAUUACCAGAGCAUAUUCUGUGUACUGUAGAGCUUGCAGCUGAUUGGCUUGUGCUCAGGAACAAGCCAAUCAGAUGUUAUAGAGCUAUGCAGAUCUGCUCAGAAUAUGCAGAAAAUAACAAGCCUUCAGUAUGGUUCUUGUGCCCAGUGACCAUCAUGGAACAUUGGUUUUUGGGGAUAUUUUUUGAGUCCAUGGGAGUUAGAAUCCCAGGGCCAGGGGGGUUGAGGGUUAAACCCACAUACACAAAAAUAAAAAGUAUAUUUGUUGUAUAAAUACAUGAAGUUUGUAAUGUUUUUCUAAUCCCUUAGACACAGAGGAGCCCCCUUUCUUUGCUCUUUCAAUAAGGGGAUGAUCCUCUAGUGAAGUCUAAGCCUUUUUCUAUUCUCAGCACAUUCUUGUACAGUUGUUUUAUUUUUUUGUUACUAAUGUAUUAAAAUUCCAAAGUGCAAUAUGCCUUUUUUCUUUCUCUUUUGAUUUUUUAACCUUGUUAGGAGAUGUUUCAAUUUGUAUAACCUUGUUAAGGAUUGCUAGUGUCUUUUUGUGUUCCUUUUUAUUAUUUUUUUUCCUGUGAAUGGUAUGGAUCGCUUUAAAAAUGACAAGAGAAACUACUGCAGAGCCUUUGUAUAUGUACCAUAUUGUAAUUAGAUAUAUUUGUGUAAUGGAGAUGAAUUACUGUAAGUUUUGUACUGUAUUGGCGGAAGGUCUAUUAUAAAUAAAUACAAGGAACUUUA